GGUUAACUCUUAUCUGAUAUACCGCCCAGUUGUACGAAGUUCUAGAAGGUCUAUCAGGCGCAUACCCGAGACAGGCUUGGAAGAUAAUUUCGACCAGAAUGGCCUGCUGUGGGAUAUUUGGAUCGGCUGAAGGAAGUAGCCGAUCUUAGAUGGGAGGCAAGGAAGGAUUUGGCGGUGCAAGAGGUCACGAAAUAUAUGGAUCCGGAGUGUACAAUCCAUGAGAGGGCAUUGAGGCAAUAUUCGAGCUGCUCUAAUGCAUAUUUCUGCAACUUAGUUUGUCAACGGAUAGCAUGGAGACUUGGAUACAAGAAAUCAUGUCAUGAACAACAAGAUGAGCGUCGGGCUGGCUACGUCAAGCGCAUCACUGACCGGGAUAUCAGCUUCUACGCAGUGGCUGGAUAUGACAUAGUUAACAACUCAAUAAUCGGAAAGCUGCAGACGUAUUUCCUGAAGAAGAACAGAGCGUCUCCGACCUCAUUACUGCACUCACAAAUUUAUAGACCAAUGCGAGAGCAAGGCACACUGGAAACGUCUGGUGGGCGAUUCGAAGGCACGGAAAGGGCACCUGGUGUAUAUCAGGGUUCCAAGCGCAUUGAAUCCCUUCACCUAUUUUCUGACUUUUCAUGGGUUUUGUUGCAACCCAAGAACGUCUUAGACAUUCAGCCUGUUGCAACACAUUACAACGCACUAAUUUCGGCUACUUAUCAACAUUUACACUCUAUCUAAGCUACUUCUACAUGUUGCAACGUGUUACAACACACGGAUUUAUUCUAUGUAACUUACAAUAAGCAAACCUUCAAUCCCACAUGUGCUUCCCGUUGCAACAUUCCCCGUCUGUUGCAAUAUCUCAUCUUCUAGGGUAAAUUGAGUUCGCUUCGGUGCGAGUAGUGCAGUUCGACCAUCGUCAU